CCUCGACCCCCACUUCAUUUCACUUCUGGGCUGCUGCCACACCCCCCAUCUUGAUGGAGACACCUUCCUGGGCCCUGGAAAAGGAGCGGAUCUGGGCAUCCUGGCUUCCCCACUCACUCCAGCUGCCUGGCUUCCUGAUAGAUGUUUUAUGUUACGAAAGCCCUGGAACUGAGCAGGCCACGACAAGAUUUCCAACAACAGUUGCCAGAUAUAAACUCCGAAUAGUUGAGCCACCAAAACUACCUCUGAAAAAAAAACCCAACCCUGAUAAAGAUGGUCCAGAUUUCGAGCCCAACCUGUGGAUGUGGGUAGACCCCAACAUCGUCUUCCCCCCUGGAGAGCUGGAGGUCCCAGAACCCAGUAAGGGGAAGAAUCUGACAAGCAUAGUCCCUUCCCCUCAGCCACCCCCAAAAGAAGACGACUUUGCCAAAUUCCCACAGGCCACAGUGGUGGAGUCGCCAUCACUUUCUGAAGACCAGUAUCCCCCUUGGAAGCGGUUUGCCUCUUCCCACAGCAACUGGGAGCUCACAGAAGAGGAGGAGGCUGAGGACCAGGAUGACAGCUCCUCUGUGGCUCUCCCGUCCCCUCACAAAAGGGCCCCCCUCCAGAGUCGGAGGCUUCGGCAAGCCAACAGCCAGGAGGGGGUGCUGUGGUCCAGGCCCCCUCUCAAUUACUUCCACCUAAUUGCACUGGCAUUAAGAAACAGUUCCCCCUGUGGCCUCAACGUGCAACAGAUCUACAGUUUCACUCGACAACAUUUCCCCUUUUUCCGGACGGCUCCUGAAGGCUGGAAGAAUACAGUGCGUCACAAUCUCUGUUUCCGAGACAGCUUUGAGAAAGUGCCGGUCAGCAUGCAGGGUGGCGCCAGCACACGGUCCCGAUCCUGCCUCUGGAAGUUGACCGACGAGGGGCACCGCCGCUUUGCAGAGGAGGCCCGCGCCUUGGCCUCCACUAAGCUGGAAACUAUCCAACAGUGCAUGAGUCAGCCAGAUGUGAUGUCCUCCCUCUUCGACCUUUAGUUCCACAAACCAACCUUCCGCCCAUGCCUUAUUAAAGUUAUCUGCAG